AUGGACCAGUCCCAACGAUCAAGCAAGAAGCAACGUGUACAACUUCGCGUCCGGACUUCUUCGGGGAGCACCUUGCGGGCAGUAGCCAGGCGAGUGAAAAUGCCGGUUGGUCAACGACUGCGCCUGGAACUGGACCUGGAUGACCCAGUCAUAGGCUCUACAUCGUCGUCUUCGUCGUCAACUGAGCCGGUGCCAGAGGAAGUGCAGGACGAAGAUGACGAAGUGACGAGGAAAGUGCUUGAAAAAGAUGCAGGAGUUCUUGAACAUGCCUCUCAAGAAGACCCCAGCAUCCUGGAUUUGCCCCGGGAGCGUGGUGCAGCCACGCAUGAAGAGAUGUUGCGGAGCACCCUUUCGCACCGCGUGGGCAUGGCCUGGUUCACCUUGUGGAGGAUGGGGGUCCUUCAGGACGACAUGGUGGUUGAGCGGUAUGGAGAGAUUGUCCUCGACAUGUUCCGGGCACCGGUGUCCAGUGCUGGACCUGGAGACUGUGGUGGCCGGCAAGCUGAUGCGGGCUGUUGCGCUGCUGCUGGCGCCCCCUCGCUACCUGGCCUCUCUAACUCUGCUGUGGAUGUGGUGCAAAUGGCGAAUGGCGAGCUGGCCUCUGCGUCUUUGGUGGGAAUGUCCGAUGCGGUUGGCUUGGCUACUACAACCACGGAAGGCUCUGGCGCCUUGAUGCCUGCUGCACUGCUGGCGGCAGUGGCGCCUGGUGAAGUGGAUGCUGUGGCUAUGGACGGCAUGGUGGAUGACACUUGUGACAUGACUGCUACGGACGUGGCGCCUUCUGGAGCCAUGCUGGCUCGGACUACGUCGGCGGAAGAGCUGGUGCACAUGGCAGGUGUGGUGGUGCAUCCUCGAGUGCUGCGGAAGUUGGUGGCACG